AAUUUAUUAAGUACUAGUGCAGCCAGCGUCUACGCAUAGUUAAAUGGAUGCCACCAAAACGGAAUAAAACAAAGAAUACAGAAAGGAAGCUUGAAAAGAUUGAGAAACUAACACCAAAAGAGGCUGUUUUGGAUUAUCAGAUUGGUAACUUAAGGGUCUCUAUAUCUAGACUAAAAUUCAAGAGGGAAACAUUACGAAAUGCUCUUAUAGAAAAACUACAAAUCCUCUCCACACUUAAAAUGGAAGGAGAAAAUUUAAUCAAGGAAACUUCCUCAAAAAUUCUUAAUUCUUCAGCUGCACAGGAGUCAAGUGUUUCAAGUGAUGUUACGAAAACCUAUCUUCUUGAGACUUGGAAAAUCAGAGAUGAAAAAGAAAAAGAAGUUAAAGAAGUUGAAGAGGAAAUUAGACUUACACAGUCCCUUACAAAAGAUGUAAUAUUAGAGCUAAGGCAGUGGCAAACAUAUGCGGAUAAUACCAAGAGACUUAACGACACACGCAUUCAAAUGCUCGAAAAGGAAUAUAACAACAUGAAGAAGCGUUUUCAGUCAAUGAUUGAACAUCUUACUGAUAUGAGGAAUCGUAGUGAUCAAGAUUUACACACAAAAAUUGAAAAUGCUUCAGAGAGUAUCAGGAAUUCUGCAGUAGAAAAUAUGGUUAACACGAUAAACAAGACAUUUUCUCAUCAAAUGCUUCAAAACAAAUUCCUUAAGAUAGAGAAUAAAUCACUUGCUGAUAGAAUUGAACAAAUUUCUAGUGAGGUUAGUGAACUUCAAGAAGAUAACUUACUGGCUGUGAGAGAGAUCUUUGAAACUAAAUUGCCACAUGUUCUCUUACCAUUAUCCUUUAGCGACAACCAAGUGACUGAAGCAGAUGACUUGCACACUAGUAAAAUUCUUGACCUAGGAAUGAGUCAGAAACUUUUUGACUUCAAAGGUCAACAUGGUAAGUUGAUAAAUUUUAAGAUGGUUUCUUUUUGUCAGAGUCUUCCUGUGAAAAUGAUGCACAUGGAUUUCUAGAAAACAGGAAAUAUCGAAAUGUUGCGAACCAAGAAAAGUAUGAAUCUGACAGUGGUGUGCAAGAAAGAUUGAAUGUAUUCCACUAUGCAAGUCAAAAUAUUGCCUCAGAAAUACCGAUGAAAUUUCAGACAGAUAUAGCAGAGUAUUUUACAGCUCUUGGACCACUUGAACAACAAGCUAUCUUUCUGCAGGGGUUAUCUGCAAAGAUUGAUAGGCAGAAGAAUUUCAACUCCCCUAAAACACUAGCUCAUCUCAAAUUUAAUCCAGAUAUUGAAAACUGGCCUAUUGAUAGAAAUAUGCUACUAGAAUGCUUAUUAAGAAACAGAUAAAAUACAAGUUUAAAGGUUUUAUAUAAACUAAAGAGAUUCUAAUCAAGACAAAUUCUAGCCAUUAUAAGUUAUCUGAGUCCUUACAAAAUUUCCUCCAUAUUUUCAAAGCUAAUAAAAAGAGAUUUGUUUUAUUAAUGAAGAGUUAAUCAUCCUCCUGCACAAAUUAUUUUACAAUAAAUCCUUAGACUUGUGAGUCGCAUCCAUAUAGGGCUCUACGAACAGUAUUUGUAAUGUAACUGUGUUUUUAAUGUCUGCACCAUUUUUCUCAAAAUCACCUUUAUCAUUUUCAAAUCUUGUUAUAAAGCAUAACCAGACGAUAUACCAUUGAAGAAAGUAAUUUUAAUAAUUAAUUUGUUAUGAAUAAAAUUGUGAUAAAAUCAC